GUUAUAAACUGGUUAGGACUAGGCGUCAGGAAGUGAUGACUCCUCCUCAUGAGUGCGACACGCCCCAGCGCACGAUAGCGCCUUUCCUCCUGAAUCAGUUCGUGGAAGCGUUUGAGCCAUGGCCUCUCUAAGUGAUAAGUCUGAUAAAGAGAUCGGUCAGCUGCUCGAUGAAUAUGGCAUCAAACAUGGACCCAUAGUAGAUUCCACACGGAAACUCUAUGAGAAGAAACUGAAAGAAGCCAUGGCCAAAAACACUAAUCCAUCCUCAUCUGACAAGACAUUCUACAGAGAAGAACAGGAAGAAGUGGAAUAUGUUACUUAUCAGCCUCAGCAGCAGUUUACUAUGCAUGAUGGAUCUGGGGAUGUCAUAAGAAGGUCAAAAGUUGGUGAUUCAAACUUUGCUCACGAUACAAGAUCAUCUCAAUACACUAACUUUAGAGAUGAUUACACCCAAAAGCCCAUUAUCAGCCAAACUCGAGCAACCUAUCAGACUUCUCCGCCGGGCCCAUCAGUUUCCAAAACCAGCCAGCUAAGUGCCAGUUCAGAAAACAAAUCUGGCGGUGUUCCGGGGUGGCUUCGUGUCUUGGUGUUUCUUGUCAUUGCUGUAUUUCUUUAUUACGUGUACUCGACCAUGGAGCCUGAAGAAGAAGGUCCCUUUAAAAAAAUUCAGUAGAAUACUGUUGAGCUAUUUUAGAUGUUCGUCAUCUACCGAAAUUGAUUCAGUUUAAAAAUAACCAAAAAUGUUCUGUUCAGUAACAGAUUGUGUAUUUUUUAUGUUGCUAUAUUUGAUACCAGUUGUUCAAUUUGUAAUUCCAGUUUAUUAAAAAUGUUUUGCACAACUUUUGAGAUACAAGUAAAAUAUGAUUAAAUAAAAAAAUGCACAUUCUCAAUUUUAUUAAAAACUUUAAAAAAGUAUUUUACUCUAUUUUGAAUCGUAUUAUAAACUGAAAAUAACAUGUUUUUGGCAAUAUGCAUGUUACACGUGUUCUUGGACCAUAAUGUGGUACGAGGUCAGUUCUAUUCACUAAUUUCUUUGUUAAAACUGUAUUUUUGAUUAGGUUCAGUAUGUACCACUGAAUUUAAUGCGGAGCAAAAAAUUUAAUUUGUACAGAAUAUUAUUAUGGCUAAAUGUUGUGUAGCAUAACAUGCUUAACAUUGCUACUCCUUUGGCCAUUAGUACUGUAUAUUCACAAUAUAGCAAAGUCUUGAGUUCCUUAUUGCUUUAAUUAAACUUAAAUAAAAAUAUUAAUACAAAUUUAAACAUUAUUUUUAAGCAUUCUUAUGCUUCCCCCUUGUUUACUGUAAAUUCCUAAUGUUAGAUUCUAUACUGCAUAUUAUUGACCGUCUCUCUCCAUUCAGUGUUAUGCAGCAUUUUAUUUUGCAUUAUAUUGACAUUUGUAUCUGAAACAAGUUUGAAACAUUUUGUAUGAAGCAUCUUGAAU